UGAGUUUAGGAACACUAGAAUCUUUGGUUCUUUUGCGUCGAACCAUAAGUCGGAGAGGUAAUGUCAGACUUGCAUAAAAUAGAAUCGUGAAACAUCUGGCUGUGAAUUUUGAAUAAUAAAUAAGUUUCUGUACAAUUACGUUAAUUAAUAAAUGUAGAAAUGGCCAAGUCUACAGAGAAAAAAGGAAAGAGCGCUAUCAAUGAAGUAGUGACUCGCGAAUACACCGUGAACCUUCACAAACGCCUUCAUGGUGUUGGAUUUAAGAAACGUGCUCCACGAGCAAUUAAAGAGAUACGCAAGUUUGCUGAGAAACAAAUGGGUACUCCAGAUGUGAGGAUCGAUACUAGGCUUAACAAACAACUUUGGUCCAAAGGAAUUAGGAAUGUACCAUUCAGAGUUCGUGUACGACUAAGCAGAAGGAGAAACGACGACGAGGACUCCGCGAAUAAAUUGUACACUCUCGUUACGUACAUCCCAGUUGCUACUUUCAAAGGUCUACAAACAGAGAAUGUUGAUGCGAGUCAAGAUUGAAUUUCUAAAUAAAUAGUUUUCAUCAAU